AUGAUAAGAGAACCAUCACGUCCUGAAACUUCACUUGCUAUUAGUGCACGUCGAACAGAAGCACGCGAUGCAAAACAAGCCAAACAGUUAAUACAAACAUAUACAACAGAUGUAUUUGGUCGUGUCAGUCGUGAAGAAAAUAUUUCUUAUAUUUUGGAACAUUCAAUAUUUUCUUUAACAUUGGAUAAUAAUCACGAUACAUUUUAUGCAUUAGCUGCUUUUUAUGAUUAUCCAAAUGUUCAUGGUGUUUCAUCAAAUGAUUGGGAAGAAAAAUGGUGGAAAAAUUUUUAUGGAAAAAAUGAUGAAACAUUAAAAAUAAAUGCAACUAAUACACUUUUUUUACAUUUAUUUGUUGCGCAUCCCGAUUUUUCUGAAGGAUGUGCACAAGAAUUAAUCAAUGUUACAUUUAAAGCAUUACCAGAAAUAAAUCAAAUUCUUCUUUGUGUACCUCCACAAGUUACACCAGAAAGUGCUUUAGAAAAAUAUUUUCAACCUAUUGAAUAUGAUCGAUCUGAUAAUAAUUGUGUUGUUAUGAUAUGUCAUCGUAAAGAUCAUUUUCCAACAUUAUUUAUUCGAACAGCUCGAGUACAAGAUAAUGAUGAUCUUGCUCCAUUAUUUAAUCAAUACAAUGAUAUUCUUAAACAAACUUAUGGUGAUUUUUUUGUUGCUGAACUUAUCGAAUCACAAGAUGAAAAUAAUAAAGCAUUAGUUGCAGAAUGUAAUGGUUAUGCUAUUGGUUUUAUGAGUAUUUCAAAUGAAGUAAAUAUUGAUAUACUCAAUGAAGUUUAUUCAUUAUCAGCUUUUCAUGGUUUACGUGCAUCACAUCCAGAUGAUCAAUGGAAUCAUCAAAUGACUGAAGAAACUGAAAGUUAUUUACCUAAUUCAGAUAUAUAUAUACAUGGUGAUGCAACAACACAUGAUGACGAAAAUAUUCACAUAAAACCUAAUCCUGUACUUGAAGCUAUGCAACGAGCUGUCGGAAAUGAAGGUUUUAUUGAAUCAUCUAUUAAUGCUACACCAUCAAUUGGUGCAGAUAUAAAUAACAAACAAUCAAAAGUAAAUCAAGGACAGCUUGAUCAUGAUAGUUUAACAGCAUCGGAUUAUAUAACAACACCACCAAAUAAAUCAAUUGAAGAACUUGAUAAUUUACAAGAAGAUGAAAAUAUUAACAAUGAUGCUGUUUUAGAAAUAACUGAUACAUCUUCACAUCGUGCUAAAAUGACUAAAGCACAGUUAGCAGCGGAGGAUCCAUCGAGAUAUAUCAAACCAAAAUUAAUUAGUCAAGCACCGAAAUUUUUUGGAAAAGAAAAAGCUUUUGCUAUUCAAUUAUUUUGUAUUAGUGAAAUUUAUGAAAAACGUUCUUAUGAUUUUCUACAAAAAGGUUUUGAUAUGUUUCCUGAUCGUGAUUAUUGUGUAAUAACAAUACCACAAAUGGUACCAGAAUUUCCACUUUUACAAUCAUUUAUUCGUAUUCCACCACGUGUUAAUUUACCAAAUAUUCAAGAAUUAUAUUUAUUUCAUCGUGCUGGUUUAUUACGUGAUAUUUCUGUUGAACGUGCUUCAGAAAAGCAUCUUGAUGCAAUUAAACGACUUACAGAACAUUUUUCUGCACGUGAAAAAAUUUUAAAUGAUUUUUCGGAUGCUGUACGAAGUCGAAAACGAAGUGAUACGGGUGUUUUUCUCGAUGCUUAUAUCAUCAAUGUUGCUGAUCGACCAAGUGCUUUAAUUAUUUUUAGUAAUGAAGAAAAUAUUGAUUAUCUUCGUUCACAAUAUAAUAUCGAAGAUUUUAUUUAUUUUAAUUUACAUAAACGUAGUGAUCAUAUUCAUUUAUAUCAUUUUGUUAUUAAUCCAAUAUUUGCAUAUAUGACAAAAAUAUUUAUAAAAGAAGUUUUAAGAAAAAUUAAUAAAACAUGUAUUUAUUAUCCAAUAUUUCCACGAUAUGCAGAUGAUGAAAUGCUUAAACAUCAUUCACCAACUUAUGCUAUUCAUUAUCUUUUACCAGUACGUCCACGUCGUUUAAUUCAAUAUAAUUUAGAUCAACUUAAAACGAAUGCACCAACUGAUUGUGUACUUGGUAGAUUACCAAGUUUAAUGCAUAGUCCAUUUGCAUUAACAUUUACAGCUAUUAAACUUAUUAUGGAAACAAAAAUAACAAUUAAUGCUAGAAUUGUUAUUGUUGGUGCAUCGACAGUUGGUUUGGCUGUACUUGAAGCUCUUGUUACAUGCCCUUAUCUUCGUUUUAAUAAUCUUACUUUAAUUUCACCACAUGGUAUACCAGGUGAAUUUCCACCUUCACUUUCUCGAAAUUUAUUUUUACCAUCAAAUCUUGAAUAUGAAACAGAAGAAUUAAAUCGUCUUUCACUUCAUUCAUAUGUUAAUAUUGUUUGUGCCAAAUUAGUUAGUCUUAAUCGACCAAUGAAAUUAGCUAUACUUGAUGAUGAAACUAUUGUACCUUAUGAUCAUUUACUUUUAUGUACAGGAAAUCAAUUUCAUAUCAUUGCACCUAUGCAAGCUACUGUAAUGAAUCCAUUAAGUAAAAAAGCUGUACCACCACAAUCGGAUCGAAUUUUAUUUGAACCUGCACCACCAAAUAUAUUAACAAUUAAUGAUGAAUUUGAUGCUGCAAUGGUACUCAAAUGGCUUCGAAUGACUCAUCAUACUGAACAUUCAAUUUUAAUUUAUGGUGCAACACUUGAAUCUUAUUGUUGUGUUAAUGCACUUCUUGCCAAUGGAAUUUCAUCGAAUUCUAUACACCUUAUUUUUCCUCCUGAUCAUGCGAAUACAAAUGUAUUUAAUGAUUCGACUGUAUUAAAAUCUGUUCAAGAACAAUUAAAAAAAUUAAAUAUUGAAGUUUAUGAAAAUUAUUUAAUGGAUGAAUGGCGUAAUCAAGGUGUUCUUGAUAUUAAUCAACCAAUUGAUCAUAUUAUAUUUCGAACAAAAGAUAAAAAACAUGGCAAAGAUCUUAAUUUAAAAUGCACAACUUUAUUCUGUUUUGUUAAUAAACAAGUUAAUUAUGAUGCAUUUAUAGCUAUAAAUCAAAGUUCAUUAGUAUUUGAUGGACGUCUUGUUAUUAAUGAAAAUAAUCAUACAAAUGAUUCAUUAAUUUAUGCUGGUGGAUCUUUAACAAAAUUUAAACGAGGCUAUUAUAGUGAUGAUCGUACACAUGCUUCUUUUAAUUCAAAAGAAGUUGGAAAUAUGCUUGCUAAUCAAUUGUUUUCAAAAUAUGAUCCAAUUUAUGUUCCACCAAAAACACCAUCUGGCAGACAUCCACUUAUUCCAACAUAUAAAAAACCAAAACGAAUUUAUGCUAUUUUACCAGGAAAUCUUCAUUACUUUCAAAUUUGUGAACCUGGUCCUACUGUUAAAUAUGAAGAUCGAAAACAUAUCGAAAAUUAUGGUACUGAUUUAAUAACAAAUCAUGAAAAUAAUUAUUUUCGUCUUCAUCUUGAUCAAACUGGAAUUGUUCGUACUAUUGUUUGUCUUCAUCAUCAUCAUAAAAUUGAUGCUUAUAAUCUUUCUCAAUUAUAUGGAUUACAUGAACGAUUACUUAAUAAUCUUCGACAACGUUAUAAUGAAGGUCUUAUAACUGAUUUUUUUUCAUAUUUUCAAGAAAAUUGGGCUGUUGCUUUGUAUCAUGAUCGUUUUACUGAUGUACGAAAUGAAGUUCGUGAAAUAUUAAAAAAAACAUUGAUGGACAAUGAAGAAUCAAUUUUUUCAUCACUUGCUUCAUCAAUUGAUAAUGAUUUAAUAUUUAAUGAUGAACAAAAGAAAAAUAUAUUAAAACGAUUUCGCACAGAAGAUUAUAAAAAAGAAAUUGAAGAAACCAUUUUAGGAUAUAUUAAUUAUAAUCAAUAUCAUUUACCAAUGUAUGCAAAACCAACUUGA